ACUCUUCGAUCUUAGCCUACUAGAGGCCUAGCCCAAACUUCAGAUCAUCAGAUAUGAAUCAGAUGAAGCAUAGGUCCUUCUUGUGCUUCACCAUCUCCCUUGUCUUAACCUUUUCAGAUUUUGCAGCUAGUGAUGACCAGUUUGUCUACCAUGGCUUUGGCGGAGUUAACCUCACCUUAGAUGGAAACGCCUUGAUCACACCAGACGGCCUCCUUGAGCUCACCAAUGACACAGUCAAUCUAGGCCAUGCAUUUUACCCUACUCCAUUAAACUUCCACCAACAGCUCAACGGUACCGUGCAAUCCUUCUCCAUCUCCUUUGUGUUUGCAAUCCUCUCUGUCCAUGCUGACAUUAGUGCCGAUGGCAUGGCCUUCUUUGUUGCCCCAACUAAGAACCUCUCAAACACAUGGGCACAGUACAUAGGCCUCCUCAACAGCGGGAAUGACGGCAACGCGAGCAACCACAUGUUCGCUGUCGAGCUUGAUACGACCCAAAAUGAUGAGUUCAAGGACAUCGACAACAACCAUGUGUGGGCAGACUAUGAUGGAGAGACAUCAAAAAUUGAUGUGACCUUAGCUCAAGCAGGAGCAGCCAAACCUGUAAGGCCUCUUCUUUCAUCUACCUAUAAUCUCUCAGUGAUUCUCAAAGAUAAAUCCUACAUCGGUUUCUCGGCAACAACUGGUGCAAUAAGCACACGACACUGUGUUCUUGGCUGGAGCUUUGCAAUGAAUAGACCAGCCCCAGCCAUUGACAUAUCCAAGCUGCCAAAGCUACCACGAGUUGGCCCAAAACCCCGUUCCAAGGUCCUAGAGAUCACCCUGCCUAUAGCCACUGCAACAUUUGUCCUUACUGUUGGGCUUGUCAUUGUCCUACUUGUUUAUAGAAGAUUAAGGUAUAAGGAGGUAAAAGAAGAUUGGGAGGUUGAUUUCGGUCCACAUCGGUUCUCGUUCAAGGACUUAUUCCAUGCUACAAGAGGGUUCAGGAAAAAGAACCUACUUGGUGUGGGUGGGUUUGGAAAGGUCUACCAAGGGGUUCUUCCAAAGUCCAAAGUUGAGGUAGCUGUAAAGAGGGUAUCCCACGAGUCAAGGCAAGGGAUGAAGGAGUUCAUUGCUGAGGUUGUUAGCAUUGGCCGGCUUCGACACCGCAGCAUUGUACCGCUACUUGGAUAUUGUCGGCGACAAGGUGAACUUCUUUUGGUGUAUGACUAUAUGUCGAACGGCAGCCUCAAUAAGUAUUUGUACUGUGAAGAUGCCCAACCAUCAUUGAGUUGGGCCAGGAGGUUCCACAUCAUCAAGGGUGUUGCAUCUGGGUUGUUCUACCUCCAUGAGAAGUGGGAAAAGGUUGUCAUCCACCGAGACAUUAAGCCAAGCAAUAUCCUCCUUGAUAAUGAAAUGAAUGGACGAAUAGGUGACUUUGGUCUUUCGAGGUUAUAUGAUCAUGGCACUGAUCCACAGACCACGCAUAUGGUUGGAACCAUGGGUUACCUAGCUCCAGAGUUGGUACGCUCAGGUAAAGCAUCCACGUCGACAGACGUAUUUGCAUUUGGCGUACUUCUUCUCGAGGUCACUUGUGCACAAAGGCCGGUUAAGAAAAAUGCACAAGGUGACCAGCAUACAAUGAUGGAUUGGGUUUUAGAGCAUUGGCAUAAUGGAUCGCUAAUGGAGACAGUGGAUCCAAGACUCAAAGAUGAUUAUAACAUUGAUGAGGCAUGCCUAGUACUAAAGCUGGGACUUUUAUGCUCACAUCCAUUUGUCAGCGCAAGACCCACCAUGCGACAAGUGAUGCAGUACCUUGAAGGUGACACAGCAAUCCCAGAGCUGACAUCAACACAUUUCAUCUUCACCAUGCAGGCCUUCACGCAGGACGAAGGUUUUGGAUCACCUAAUGUGACAUAUCCACAAUUAACUUCAAGUAUUGGCACAUUUUCAAGUCUCUCAGGAGGAAGGUGAUGUAUGGGUGUCUAGAAUUAUGGUGUCCCUUCAAAGAAACUGGUUACAAAUGCUUUUCCAGGGAAGUGAUUUGUGACUGGUUCUGGAUGUAAGAAUGUAUUGCGCCACAAGGAAGUACUGCAAAAAUCUGUUCCAUGUCAAAAGUAUAGUGCUCAAUCUUAUUAUUUAUGAAGUUAUAAU